GGGCGUGUAUGAUGCAGAAAGCUUCUACCGCCAGGAUCCUACAUGUUUCUACUUGGCUGAGGUACAUGGCGUGCCGAUAGGAAGCACCUCGCUUAUUAAACACGGGGAAAACUUUGCCUUUUUGGGUUAUAUCAUCAUCAAACCCCCAUUCCGUGGUAAGGGAUAUGCACGGAGAAUGAUCAAGGCCGUGAUUGAAGCAUCAGGCAUGUCUGACGCAAACAUCGGGAUAAACAGUAUGAUGUAUAUGCAAGAUGCUUACAGCAGGAUGAUUGGAGCCAAGUUCGCAUGGAAAGACACUCGAUUUCGAGGGGUUGGCAGCAACAACAUCAUCAAAGGCGUCAAAAAAGACGACAAUCCGGCGGCUCUUGUUUCUGUCAAAGAGGUGGACUUCGAGCAUCUCUGCGUGUUUGAUGCGUCAGUGUUUGGCACGCCACGACCAAGUUUUCUGAAGAGUUGGAUCUCGCAGCCUGGCAUGGUCGCCCUGGCCGCUGUAACAACCUGGUCAACCACUCCGGCUGGUGAAGACGACAAGCACAGCCAGGAGACCAGGAUUGCCGGCUACGGCUGCAUUCGUCUGAGCGUCGAAAGCUACAAGGAUGUCAACUUUUCUCGUAAGAUCGGCCCCAUCUUUGCUGAAUCUGCAGCGGUUGGUUCGCAGCUGUUUGCCGCCCUGGUAGCCACUGUACCACCCGGAGUUCCUUACUAUAUCGACAUACCUGAGACAAACGAAAGCGCCAUGGAGCUUGUCAGGGAAUCCGGUUUAGAGUCGGUAUUCCAGACGGCACGUAUGUUUACUAAAGGGGACGGAGGGGUCCAGUGCAACAUGGUCUACGGUGUCACAAGUUUGGAAGUUGGUUAGCACUGGAUUUAAAAAAAUGCUUAAUUCUAAAAUCACGAUGAAAAGGUUCACAACCUCAUACCAUGAAAUGAAAAAAGUCAUAUUCAAGUUUCCCCUAUGUCCUAUGCUUUUUUUAUUGCCGACAUGCUAAAUUUGAACUUGUCCGGGAACCAACGGAACAAAUUGGUGUGGCUUGCUCGAAAGAAUUAUUCAUGCGUCCUGUCUUAUGAGACAU